AGGGCAGCUCUUAUCAGACAUCAGUUCAAUUUAGCUUGCACUUGCAAUGCAGCUCGCAGAAAAGUUCCCAUUCUGUGCUUUCCUUCUAAUUAUAAUCCAUUCUGAUUGGGUAACGGCAGGAUACCAAUGUGGAAAACUAAACCGUCGGGCAGGUUUCGUAAUCAAUGCCGACGAAACGGAAAACGUGUGGCCCUGGCACGUCGCGGUGUACAAUGCGAGCGAUAAGUACGUAGCGGGCGGAACGAUCGUUAGCGAACGCUACGUACUGACGGCAGCUCACGUAACCUUUCGCAACGAACAUAUUGCGCUGCACCCGGACGAGUUGCACGUCCGGAUGGGUAUCCACGAUUUGUCGAAUCCUCAAAAUUACACUCGCUAUAGGAAUGUAUCUAAGAUUAUUCGAUACCCGAACUACGAUAACAAGCUGUUGAUGAAUGACCUAGCAUUGCUGGAAUUGGAGGAAUCUAUCGAGUUCAACGUAUUCAUAUCGCCAAUCUGUUUGUGGCCGGUGGAUGGACCGGAUUUGGAAAGCAUAGCUGCCUCGCAGCAAGGUACGGUUGUUGGCUGGGGAUUAACGGAGAACAGUACGGUUUCGGAGGUGCUUCGGGAAGCCAAAAUGUCAAUCAUCGAUUUUCAAAGCUGUGCCGAGAAUACAAAAUCUUUCCAGCAGUUGCUAGCAAAAGGAAAAAAUUACUGUGCCGGUAACCGUGGGGAGACAACUGUCUGCAGAGGCGACAGCGGCGGUGGAAUGUACUUUAUGAUCGAUUUUACCUGGUAUUUGAGAGGUAUUGUCAACCAGGGAACUCCAACACAAGACACUCGGUAUCCGUGCGAUCCGGGUAAGGAAGUGAUCUUCAUGGAUGUUCCGUUCUAUCAGAAGUGGAUAGAGAGGUACGCUCUUCCGGAGCAGCACAAUCUUUUGGCAUUGCACGAAUGUGGCUUGGGAAACUACGUUGAAUCGAUGGAAAAAACUAACAAAGUGCUAACUGCUGACAGCAACCCGUGGAUAACUCACCUGCAUUAUCUGUUUUGGGAUCGCUUCUACGUGAGCGAUUGCCAUGGAAUUCUAAUCCAUUCGGAGUUUGUACUUACUCUUGCCAGAUGCAUCGUGACACAACCAAAUCGGGAGUUAUUACACGUCGUGCUAGGAGAAGUUUCGAUAGGGCCCGACCCGUAUGAUGAAUACCAGAAUGACAUCCUAAUCAUAGGCAUUAGCGAUUCGUUUGUACACGAGAAAUUCCGGCUCAAUCGAUAUGGCUAUGAUGUCGGAUUGCUGCAUUUAACAAGAGCUGCUGAUAUCAGCAAAGCCAAUAUCGCUCCAGUAUGCUUGCCACCUAAACUAGAACCAAAUCCGUACUACAUCCUGACUGCAUGGUACCGCCGGGAUGAUCAUCCCAAGGAACUGUCCUCCUCGUUGCUGCAACCGGUUCGCUUUACCGCCUGCAGUUCGCUAUACAGUAAAGCGGGAGUGGUGACAUCACCGGAUUCGUUUCUCAAUUGUUAUCAGCACUGUAAACUGUCGGAAAAUGUGAAAGCCAACGGAACCUACGCUUGUGAGUUGAUCUACGAGAAGGACUGUCGAUUCCCGAUAUCCGGAGGACCAGUGUUUUACACCAAACACGACGGAUACAAUACCUACACCUAUUUGACCGGUCUGCGAUCGUUCGGAUCGGCCGACUGUAAGGAUAAACUGAAUGAUAUUUACACCGAUAUCGUAUCGUUGGGACCAUGGAUUGCCAAAACAGUCGAAGAAAAUGCCUUAUUUGUCGAUAAAAUCUAGCACGGUAGAGUUGAAGACUUUUAUUAAUUUGUUCCAAUGUCACUUACUUAAAGGAGGUAACAUAAAUGGUGAUUAUUUUUUUGAAUUUUCUAAUUACACUAAUUUUCAAUUAGAUGCGUCAUUAAGUACAAUACGUUUAUUCUAAUCAAAUUACCAUGAUUGGCGCGCCCUUAUCAGCGCAGCAUUAAAAUGGACAUAGUUCAUUUUGUUUCACCGUCUUUGUCGACUGUUACGAGUAGAAUAAAUUAAAAAACUAAGCGUCGCUCGCUCUAAGUUAGCUAAAACAUGUUUCGAAUGUAGUGUGCAUGUUUGAGUAUGCCUUGAUCAGUGUCUGCCUUUAAAUUACACUUAGAUUAUCACAUUGAACUUUUACGAAUUAGUAGAUACUCAGAGAACUGCUGCGAUUCUACGCCACCGCCGGUGCUGGCUUCGACGUUAAACCCGGCGUUCAGCAAUCGCGUCAGCACUUGGAUGGAGUUAAGUUUGCAGUAGCCAUUCAGUGGGAACCGGAUAACUUGCCUGCCAUCGAACUGAUUCCAGGCAGCGCCGGUUCGUGCGUCUAGGAUAGCCUGGUUCGUCUCC